UAGAGGGCCCUGGCAAUACUUGUUCAUCCAUGCGGAGUGCAGCCUCCAGUACUGUGGAUGAAUGCAGAGCCUCCAGGGCCCCUGGCAGUGCUGAGGGCUCCCCCAGACACACCCUCCUCCAGCAGGCAGCAGACAACACCGGGUCUCAGUCUCCUGUGGUGUCCAGCCCCUCUCUCAGCCUGGACGAGAAGAUCACCAGGAGCGGUCUGGACCCACUGACACGAAGCAAAGGGAAGGACCCCAGAAGCUCACCAGGAAACAGUUCUACAGAGCCCUCUGCUGAGAAUAGCCCAGAGAGGCUCAAGACCAAGGUUCCUGUGGUGAAGGACGAUCUGAGUGUCAGCAGUAGCAGCUCAGUGGAGGUCAGUGGUCUGCUGACUGAAGCCAAGAUGUCCAGUCGCUCACACACCCUGGUGCUCUCCUCAGACGAGAGUCUGGAUAUGAUAGAUGAGGAGAUCCUAGAUGGGGGCCAGUGCCCCAAGCAGCACCAGUGGCAGAACCUCAUUGUGUCAGAGUGGACCUCCCAGCAGGUGUCACGCUGGCUCAUGGGACUAAACCUGGAGCAGUACAUCCCAGAUUUCAUGGCCAAGAACGUAGACGGAGACCAGCUACUGCAGCUGGACAGUACUGAGCUCAAGACCCUUGGCGUUGCCUCCUCCCAGGACCGGGCUCUGAUCAAGAAGAAGGCAAAGGACCUCAAGGUCCUGAUGGAGAAGGCUCGGAGGAACCGGGAGAAACUGGACAAACAGCGAGAGAAGCUCCGUAAGAAAGAGCUGGAGCAGCAACAGAAACAGGCCCACAAACCCAGCAGCAAGGGCCACUCCGAGACAACAGAAGGCGCAGCAAAGUAACCCACGGCUUUAAGACCUACCUCUCCUUGUCUGUCUACCAACAACCACUACAAAGUAGCAUCUCCAGGGAUAGAAACAGUCACCAGAACCACUGAGCUAAAAUACCAGAUGUGUUAUGUGAUAUGUCAAUUGAUAUAACCAGAGAUACUUUUAAGGAGAAGAUGGGGCAACUCCAGUGGAAUCGUAUUAAUGCUCAUUGUGUACGUUGCCCAUGUGUCGUCAAUGGGCCCGCGGUGCAUUCUCGGGGCGAUUCUGGGACAAGGAGAGCUCAAUUGGGUGCUGGGUCAAAAACCCAACAUUAUAAAUAUUUUCCCGCGAUUAACUUGUUCUGUGUAAUAUCGUAUAGCUUUGGAAUCGUGACAUUACCUACUUUUGAGGAAGAUAUGCAGGUUUCUCGAUUCAUACGCUGACUUUGAGAAUUGCGUGACGAUUUGCUUAGCAACAGCGUGAUGCAGCAUGACAACGUGAAUGCGAUUGAUUAACAGUCUGCUGUUAUACGUUCCUCCAUUCAUAGCCCAAUGCGAUUCCCAUCUCCUCCUUUCUGGAAUAUCUCUAGUAUAACACCUAACAGGGCUUGAGUUCAGGCUGUGGAGUUCAGUGCACUACUAUUGGAGGCUGUAGCGCUGGAUGCUGUCACGCUACUGUACCACCGAACAAAUACCAAAAUGACCAGACAGUUGGAUAGUAAAGAUGCUGCCCACCCACCUGCCUACCUUUCAUCUCAUUGUACAUCCUCGUAGUGCAGCAUUUCCCAAACUCAGUCCUACGGAUCCCACGGUGUGCACGUUUUGUUUUUUUGCCCUAACACUACACAGCUGAUUCCAAUGAUCAAAGCUUGAUGAUUAGUUGAAACCAAAACGUGCACCCCUUGGGGUCCUGAGGACCAUGUUUUGGAAACCCUGUCAUAGUGUUUCCAAACCUCCACCUCCAUUACAUAUUAUUUAUUUUGCUGUAAUUCAGGUUUAUUUAUUCAUUCGGAAAACAGAAACCCCCAAAUAUAUCAGCUUCACACCC